UUUUUUUUUUUUCCUGGGUGUUGCCUGCCUGGAUUACAACUUUGGAGUUUCACCGGGUGUUGCUGAGCAAGAGUGAGGGCAAGCCGGAUAUUUCGCCUAACGAAACACCAAAUUUAACUUUUUUUUUUGUUGUUGUUUUGUUUCGGAAGCCGCUCUCGAGGACCGUCUCACGUUGUUUACGUUGUACUUUAAACGCGGACUCGGUUUAUUUCAGCCGCCGUUAGCCAGCUAAAAGCUAACCGAGCUAGAGCUGCCGUGACGCCGACUGCUUAGCGAGAGAGCCGUCCGAUGCAGGCCAUAAAGUGUGUGGUAGUGGGGGACGGUGCGGUGGGUAAAACAUGCCUGCUCAUCAGCUACACUACCAAUGCCUUCCCUGGGGAGUACAUCCCCACAGUCUUUGACAACUACUCUGCCAAUGUGAUGGUUGAUGGGAAACCAGUGAACCUGGGCCUGUGGGAUACAGCGGGACAGGAGGACUACGACAGGCUCAGGCCUCUGUCCUACCCACAGACAGAUGUGUUCCUGAUUUGCUUUUCACUAGUCAGUCCAGCCUCCUUUGAAAACGUCCGUGCCAAGUGGUACCCUGAGGUGAGACACCACUGCCCCAACACGCCCAUCAUCCUGGUGGGAACCAAGCUGGACCUGAGAGACGACAAGGACACUAUCGAGAAACUGAAGGAGAAGAAACUCUCCCCCAUUAUCUACCCUCAGGGCUUGGCUAUGGCUAAAGAAAUAAGUUCAGUGAAGUAUCUGGAGUGCUCAGCUUUGACGCAGCGCGGCCUUAAGACGGUGUUUGACGAAGCCAUCAGGGCGGUCCUGUGCCCCCCGCCGGUCAAGAAGAGGAAGAGGAAGUGCAGAAUAUUGUAAUGGAGAACCACAGGGAGUAGAAAAUACGGUUGCAGUCAGAACUCGCCUACUCAGAGGGAAGAGGAUGAUGGCUGGGUUCCCAAAUAUCUAAUCACCCCCUGUGUCCUUGCUUACAUAGAAGCUCUGGUAGAUCAGACUUCCAUCUGAAAGAACUUCACAGAGUUAAGCAGCGCAGGUUUUCUGUCUGAUCUCGUGUCUGGUUGCUUACAUCUGUGUAGUCCUUUCAGAUCGACAGGAAUGAAGUGACUUUGCGAAGGCCUUGGGGAAUGUGAGGGUUUGGGGUGGGGUGGUUGAUUUGUGAUCUCGGGUGAUGAGGGAGGAUUUUACAAAAACAAACAUUCGUGUUAUUUUUCUCAGACAUUGUGAAGAAACACUACUUGAACGCGAUUUUAUCACAAAAUUACCUUAGAUCUAACUCCAUAAGAGAAGGAGGUCCUGCACUGCACUCUUUCCCCUACACACUAAGAGAUUCCUGCUGCCUUGAUGAAAUUUUACUUUACGAAAAAAAUUUUUUUAGAAGCUCUAAUUUCUCCUUUUUUCAUUGUCAGUCUCUUGUCAGCUGUUGUUGACGGACCGUUUUGUUUACAUGUGUCAUCUGACUAGACUGAGGUGUUGCCAAAACUCAGUCCGCGGUCAUCGCUUUGUAGUACAUCCAUGAACACUAAAAUGUUUAAUUUUGUUUUAAUGUGUACAGGAUACCAUCAUGCAGUCAUGUUGAAACGGUUUAACUCUUAAAUGACGUAACAAUUGUCGUAGCAGCUGCUAAGAGAAGUAAUAAUUACUUUAAAACAGUCUCUGCUAGAUAUUUAACAGGUAAUUAUCUCGUUUUGUUCCUAAACCCUUUCUAGUUGAAUCCAUGUAUGUGUUAAGUGAACACACAGUAUUUUAUGACUGACAGUCGGGCAUGUGAAGGUGCGGUGCAGCCAAUGCUGUGCUGGUUCAUUCUCAGUGUAUCUGUAAAAGUUAUAUCAUUUCAUUCUCACUCAAUGUAUGCUCAGUAAGUGCUUUGGAUAGUCAGGCUUUUAUUCUCAGUAUAUGAUGUUCAUAUUGCUAUCAUGAUGGUGCGUAACCAUAUCCUUUUGACCCCAUCUAUUACUGUGUUUUAUGAAGUCUGUGAGCCAGUGUGUUAGCACUCGAAGGUUGCAACAACUGAUUUUAACGUCUCUGUUGUAUAAUAUGACCAUAAGAAGUAACAUUUCAGCAAAUGCAUUUUAUUUUGAAAUGAGCAAUGAUCAAAUUGCAUGGUUGCCAGGGGAACCGCUGUAAAUCUGGACUCAUUUGAUCAGUGUUUCAAUAGCGCAGUGGAAGUGGACACUUAGAUUAAUUUCUUGCUAAAUGGUUUCAUUUCCACAUAGUAAUAUGCUGAUUUCUUUUUUUUUAAGCAAAUAAACUCAUUAAAAAAG